CGCUGGUGUUGCUGCAUGUUGCUGCCGCUCCCUGUUUGCUGAGGCAGAUGAAGCACGGACACCAGCGGGACUUUCCUGCAUUAGUCGCGAUAAAAACACUCCUCUGUGCUUUAUUUCUUUCUUAAUUAGAGAAUAACGCCAUUUCCAGAUGGCGGACUGUGUCUCAAAAGUGGAGCUGAGCAUCUCCUGCACUGACCUGCUGGAUAAAGAUGUCGGCUCCAAGUCCGAUCCUUGCUGCGUGGUGCUGCAGAAAUCAGGAGGGAACUGGAUCGAGCUGGGCCGCACGGAGCAUUUGACCAACACCUCCAGCCCUUCCUUCAGUGAGCACAUCAGAGUGGAUUACCACUUUGAGACCGUUCAGAAUCUGAAGUUCGGGGUGUACGACAUCGACAAUGCCACCUCUGACCUCAGCGAUGAUGAUUACCUGGGAGGGGUGGAGAUAACGCUGGGGCAGAUCGUUUCCAGCAAAUCUAUCACCAGACCUUUGCAGCUGAAGAAGGACAAACCUGCAGGGAAAGGAGCCAUCACUAUCACAGCGGAGGAGAUAAAGGACAACAGAGCGAUUGUACUGGAACUGGAGGCGAAAAACCUCGACAAGAAGGAUACGUUUGGAAAGUCUGAUCCAUUUCUGGAGUUCUUUAAAGAAGGACCUGAUGGAAAGUGGAAACUGGUCCACAGAACCGAGGUGGUAAAGAACAAUCUGAAUCCCAGCUGGAAAAAGUUCACCGUCCCUCUGCAGACCUUCUGCAGCAGCGACCUGGAAAAGCCCCUGAAGGUGAACUGCUCCGACUACGACAGUGACGGGUCACAUGAUCUGAUCGGCACUUUCAUGACCAAAGUGUCUGAGCUGCAGAAAGCAGCACACGGCUCACCGGUGGCGUAUGACUGCAUCAAUCCUGAGAAGCAAAAGAAGAAGAAGAGCUACAAGAACUCAGGAGUCGUCUCAGUGAAGAGCUGCAAGAUGGAAACUACCUACUCUUUCCUGGACUAUGUGAUGGGUGGCUGCCAAAUCAACUUCACCGUUGGGAUUGACUUCACGGGGUCGAACGGCGAUCCUCGGUCUCCCCAGUCUCUCCACUACAUGAGUCCAGAUGGGCUGAACCAGUACCUGUCAGCCCUGUGGUCUGUGGGUCAGGUGGUCCAGGAUUAUGAUGCUGACAAGCUCUUCCCAGCGUUUGGUUUUGGAGCGAAGCUGCCUCCAGACUAUAAGGAGGCGAACCACGAAUUUGCCCUCAACUUUAACCCCACUAGUCCUUACUGCCAAGGCAUCGAGGGGAUUGUUGCAGCCUACAGGAUGGUGUUGCCUAAGCUGGGGUUCUCUGGACCGACUAAUUUCUCUCCGCUCAUCAACCACGUGGCUUCGCUCGCCGCCAGCGCUGCACAGGCCAGCACCGCUUCUCAAUACUUAAUCCUCCUCAUCCUCACUGACGGCGAGAUCACCGACUUCGAUCAGACCAGAGACGCCAUCGUCCGGGCGUCCCGGCUGCCCAUGUCCAUCAUCAUCGUCGGGGUGGGACCGUACGACUUCAAAGCCAUGCAGCUUCUGGACGGAGACGACGGCGUUCUGAGGUCGACGGUCGGGGAGGCCACCGCCAGGGACAUCGUUCAGUUUGUCCCCUUCACAAAGUUCAAAGAUGCUCCCAUGGCUGCGCUGGCUCAGUCGGUCCUUGCCGAGGUUCCCAACCAGCUGGUGUCUUACUAUAAAAUGAGAGGCCUCCCUCCACCAAACCCAGUAGCUGCUCCUAAAUCCUAAACCCUGCACCUCAUCCCCACGGUCCCCCCCACCGCUCCUACACACACCUCCUGCAGUCACAAAGCCCCCCACAUGCAUAACGUAUCCCCUCCUUCAUUCCAAACGCAGAUCCUGCCUCCCACUUCAGCCUCGAACAUUCUUUGAAGACCAACCUGAUGUAUUAUUAGCCAAUCAGGGUGAAGAUCAGUCAUCCUGUUUUUGAGGGAAUGCCAGUUUUAUAGUCACUUUGUUUCAGGUGCUUUUUGCCGAUAGGAUGGAUGAAUUAGUGUAGAUUAGAGAUUAUAUUGACUUCUGCUGCUUCAGCUCUUAACUAUGCAACUCACAUGCGUUAUCCUGGCGCGUGUUUGAUAAUCACAGAGCCACACCUGCACGCAGAGGCGGCCAUUUUGGCUCAACAUUCCUCCACCACCAUCCCAAUAUAAUUGUGAUUCUUUCCAGAAGUAAUUUACCAGCAGUGAAGUUUCAGUAAAGCUGUUGAACGUUUUUUUUUUUCCCCCUUUCAUUCCUUCACACCCAGUUUUACUGCAGCCUCUCACAGACGCUGGAGUCGCUGCACAUUCAUGUUUUGGUGAUGGUGGUGUUCUUGGACCAGCCCUGUGUGCUUGUGCCAGGCUCUGAGUAGCUUCCUAGAUCAGGUGCCAAUACUUUGCACGUAGCUUUUGCACUUAAUGCUGGAAAACUGUAAAAUGAAUUAUGUUUUCUACUCUGAAAUAGCUUUACUCCUGCUGCCAUAUUAUGAUCUGUACUGUUGGCAUGACUGUUGCCGACGAGGUGCUACAGUGCAGCCUGAAUGUUUCGAGACUAUUCUUUCAAGAUUCUCAGUGCUUUAGCUUCCAUUUUGGCUUCCAGCGCAGAACUCGCGAGUCACAUUUACAGUGACAUUGGCAUUUUUGUUCCACACAAAUUCAAUGAUCAGGUUUCUGUCUUUGAUGAAUGUAGCUUCUUCUGAAUGUUAUACCUCUGCUAUCGGGUCACACAUGUCAAAAACCAGGCUCUUGUGCAUCUGGUUAAAAAGCAGAUAGAUUAAAGCAAUGCUUUCAGAACUGUAAA